AUGUUAUCUGAAGAAGAAUAUCAAGAUGCUAAAUGGAAAUUCAAUCACAUACCAUCAACCAUUACUGGAAAACCACGUCAACAUCUUCGUGCUAUAUUUCGGGAAAAAAUCCAUGAACAUGAACUUGCAUCUUGUUAUCCAUCAUUUGAACCGUUAAAUUAUAAACAUUUUUAUAUUAAUUAUAAAACUACUGAACAAACAUUAAUUCAUCAUAUUGAAGCAAUAAAUGAUUCAGAUUUAUUUACAUUAGAUACUGAAUCAAUAUGCAUUCCCAGAAAACCAAACGAACCAGCACUUAUACAAUUACAAAUAAUACAAAAAAAUUUAUUUUCGUAUGUUAUAUUUGUUGAAGUUCGUCAUUUACCGAACAUGCAUGAACGAACAUUCAUUUUAAUUCAAGAAUUAUUUGUUGCAUUAUUUAAUUCAAAUAAAAAUAUUUAUAUUUGGGGUUCUAUUGAUGAAUUAAAAAAAUUUCUCAAUUUUAAUUUAUUUUCAUCUUGUCAAAUUUAUUUGUCAAAUAAUAUUAACCUACAAGAUGAAUUUAAAAUUUUUUGGAAGCAAUACCAUCCUCAUAAACCAAAAUUAUCAUCAACUAAUGAUAACAUCCUAUGCAUAUGUGAAACAUGUUUAGGUAUUCAACCAAAUAAUCCUUGGUCAUUACAAAAUGCCGUGGCAUAUCAACUCAAUCAGUGGUUAGAUAAACGUCGUUCCCGAUCACCAUUCGAUAUAGGUCUUGAUCCAACAUUAGUUCAUUUAAAUUCCAAAGAACUUGCAUAUCGACAAACAAUGACAACAUACGCUGCCAAUGAUUGUUUAUCAAUGCAUCAACUUAUUAUUAACAUGAAAUUAAUCGAACAACAAGAACCAGCAAAUGAAUUAUCUACUGAACCUGAUUAUGAUAUUUCAAUGUAUUCCGAUUCAUCAGACCGAAAUGAUUUAAUUGUAUUACCAAAUGAAAAUUUUAAAAUCAAUCAAUCAUCAAAUUUAAAUCAACAAAACAAUCCUGAUGUAGAAGAAAUAUCCUCUAAUGAUGAUGAACCUGAACAACCAUAUCAACAUAUAAAUAUAAAUAACCCGUCAAACAAUGAAUUUCAAUAUGAACGGGCAAACAUAUCCAAUGAACAAAAACGGAAAAUUCAUAAUCGUACAUUCAAGAAAAUUCUUCGUGAACGUUCUAUAAAUUUUGGUGCUUUAAAUAUUUCAACAUCUUCUUUAACUAAUCGUACAUCAUUAUAUAUUGGUAUAAAAAAUCCAACAUUACUAUCUAAAUACGAACGUGAAACUAGAAAUCUAUUUUCUACUGAUCAUUACAAUGAAAUUCAUUCACAACAACGUCGAUCGAACUCAAAUAUUCAUUAUUCUCAUCAUCAUCAACACCACAAAUAA